CACCUUCGUGGGUAUAUAUAAUGUGUGGUCGUGUGUUAGUUACUGUGGUAAAAUUGACUUAAAUAGCGAUGGCGUAGUUUAUUUGCAAUUGUUGAGACGUGGUGAUUUUUGAAUAGUUGAUGAAUUGUAAUGCUAAUUUUAUACUGAGUAUGUCGAUCGGAAUUUUAUGUUCAUUGAAUCGUUUUCUACAGGGCUUGGAAGUUGUUUGAUAGCAAUAGCUGUUUUAAAAGUGAUAUCGUUGUGAGCAAUUUAUUUUUUAUGGAUAUUUGCUUAGAACUAAUUGUUAUACAACAAUAAAUUAACAUUGAAGGAAAAAGAAGCGCUUUACAAGUUUCUUUCUUCAGGAACUAUAUACAAGUAUACGGAAAUAUUUGUAUUCAAUCUUCGCAUGAAUUGAAUACCAUAUCUGUUAGCAACUCUAUUAUGACGUUUGCUGAAACUGUGAACUACAAUUGGACUUCACUUGACCGUAAGCAAGAACAACUGGGAUCUUGAAUCAAAACAAGCAAUCAAUAUUAAAAUUAAGCGAAGCGCUGCUGUUUCGAGUAAGUUUGUAUGUUUGUUGGAGAUUUGUGUGUUAACGCCGAACAUUACAGAAGCCAUGUCCGAAUGUACCUACAGAAGUGUAUCGUGCGUCUGUGGGAGUUCUUUGUCGGGUCGCCCGCUCGGGAGCGACGCUUCCUCGCAGGUGGACACCAGAAGAUCUUCGAUGUCAUCAAGUAUAACUGUAGGAAGUAUGAAGAAAUCAAACAAUUUUCAAACGUCACUUUUGACUGGAACUCGCGAUGUUGUCUGCAAAACCGCCGCGGAUUAUAGGGCGAAUAAAAUGAAUAGAAACGAGCAGUCGAAACUUGAAACUGUCCAAAAUCUUGUUUCAAGGGAGAAAGAUAUAUCACAGCGGAGGUUCCAGUUAAAUGAAAAGUCUAUGCGUGUAAAAAGUGCGAGGCUAUUAGAUAGGAUGAACGCCAUAAAACGUUCGUCCAGGACACAGAUUCGACCGGCAACAUGUACUCUUGAGACCAGAAGGCCUUCACCCGGUCUAGCUCUCACGCGCCCGUCUUCUUACCCAGACACCAAGAUGGCGUCCGACCGAAGGAGAACUGCCAGCAGCAACACGUGCGCCAUAUGCGAGAGUAUUCAACAGAUCAUCGACACGUACGAGAAAGAAGGCACGAGAAAGCGGACCGGAUGUGCGCGGAACAGAGAUGUCGAUAGCGUCCAUUAUACCUGCAUGUUUUCAGAAGCGCAGGUGAAAUCUUUUAUUGAUGUUUUGGAAACCCAGUGUCUGGACGAUUGUCCGAAUUUGACGAAAAAACUUCGAGAUUCUAUCGACCAUGCAAGACUUUCGCAACAUAUGGCGGCAGGGGCAUCACGGGAAAAGAUGUAUGUCAAUAACCACCUCAAUCACAGAACGGUGGAAUCUAGGGUGAGACAGUUCUGCACGGAAGUGGACAUGUACAAGAAAGAGGGACGCUGCGUCCCGAAGGAAAUUCAGGACGCGGUGGAAAAAGCUCGUCUGCAGAACGCUUGCACGAGCAAGCAGACGUCAAAAGACUCGAAAAUAGUUCGUGAAGCCAAAGCGCUGUUCAAUAUAAAGAAUUAAUGUUUUGAAAUGUGUUCAUAUCUUGAGCAAGAAAGGUAUACAUAAUAUAUAUUUACAUAUUUUGGGACACUAGUACAAUUUAAUAAAUGUAUUUAUGUUUUAAAUAUGUGUUA